AUGCUAACAGCACUUCCUGAGAGAAACGUCAUGGAUGUUCCUGAAAAUCGUUUAAGUAAAUUUCAACUAUUGCAAUCAAUGCUGCAGCACUACUGGUCGAAAUGGCAGCGAGAGUAUCUUGCAGAAUUACAAACCAGGACCAAAUGGAAGCAGAGAUCUCAAGAGUUGCUACAAGUAGGCUCACUAGUGUUAGUAAAAAAUGAAAACGCUCCUGUCCUGAAUUGGUUGUUAGGCAGAGUCACAGCUCUUCACCCAGGCAACGAUGGAGUCACCAGGGUAGUCGAUGUAAAAACUGCCAGUGGAGAAGUUCAGGUUGAUGCGGUCUACACCGAAUUUAGUAAGGCUUUCGACGAAAUUGAUCAUGGAAUCUUGUUGAAUAGGCUUGUUGAGGUCGGUAUGGGUGGCACCUUGCCGAACUGGAUGGACAAUUAUUUAUCCGACAGAACGCAGUGCGUUGAAGUUAACGGACUCACGUCAAAUUUCACUGUUAUACCCUCAGGAAACAAUUGCUGUAAAUACGUAACGUUAAUUUUGUUUCUUGUUUAGUUGUUGUUGUAAAUGUAUUUUAAUAUUCAUCUCAUAACAAGGGCUGAAGAGCUUUCUGUUAUCAAAACUGAUUUCAGUAUUAUUAAAUUCCAUAGUGAUCGUAAAGAAGUUAUUUCAUGUACGUUCCUCCCAUAUAACUUUGGUGGGGUAAUUGCUGGUGCAGCAACUUGUUUUUAUGCUUUCGUCGGUUUUGACAGUUUAGCUACUUCAGGCGAAGAAGCAAGAAAUCCUUCGUUUUCCAUUCCCAUGGCCACAAUUAUUUCAAUGGGUGUUGUAACUCUUGGCUAUAUAUUAGUCUCAUCGGCUCUAACACUUCUCGUUCCGUAUUACGAAAUUAGUCCCAAUGCAGCUUUUCCAGAAGCUUUCAGCCAUGUAGGUUUACACUGGGUAAAAUAUAUUGUUUCGUUAGGGGCAAUUUGUGGUAUGACCACAACUUUAUUUGGAUCACUAUUUUCAUUGCCUAGAUGUAUGUAUGCAAUGGCCGUAGAUGGUCUGUUAUUUAGUUUUCUAGGAAAUAUAAAUUCUAAAACUCAGCUACCUCUAGUAAAUUUAAUUAUUUCUGGUUUUUUUUCGGCUUUAAUAGCAUUAUUGUUCGACUUGGAAAAACUGGUGGAGUUCAUGUCAAUAGGCACUCUAUUAGCUUACACGAUAGUUAGUGCUUCAGUCAUAAUAUUAAGAUAUAGACCUACCUUCGAUAUCCCGAUCGCCAAACCAGUAUCCACUCCGAGCUCUGAAAUUUCAAGUACUACUUCCGAUUUAACUACACCAGCGUCAGAAAUUAUUAAUUUGACUGGAACCUUAAGAAUACAAUAUAGUUGGUUAGGACCUAUCUUUGGAAACUGCGAAUCUGGAACUGCCGUUACUGGAGCAGUUUUCGUUUAUACCAUUUUCUCGUGUGCUCUGUGCAUUUUGUUCCAAGUAUCUUCAGAUGACUUAAAAAAUGGAAUUUGGUGGACUCUGAUUUUGGCCUCGUUCUUUAUAACCGUUAUGGGAUCAUGUUUAUUAAUAAUUUCUGCACACCACCAGAAUAACAAUGGAUUACAAUUCAAAGUGCCAAUGGUUCCCUUUUUACCUGCUUUAAGUAUCCUGUGUAACAUAGAAUUUAUGGUUCAUCUCAAGUUGUUAACAUGGCUAAGGUUUUUCGUUUGGAUGAUAAUAGGUCUGGAGACAUUGCUGACCAAUUUAUUGGACUCCCUCUACCAAUCUCGCGUCCAGGAAAAUGUAAAGCAGAGUAUGCAGAGUAAAGUGGGGAGGGGCUCCAUCAUGUUGGAAGUAUAA